CGGCGGUCGUGGGGGUUCCGGGGGGCGUGGAGACGGCUCCGCGGAAACCUGGGUGUUGUUCUCACGGCCGACUCCCGGAGAACCGCUGGCCGGAAGUGAUCUGACUGACCGGAAGCGAGGCCUGAGGGGAAAGUGCGGAUCCCGCCCCCCCGAGGGUGGAGCUUUCGGUGGACGGGAGCGGAGGGGACGCUCCGAGCAGUUGGCGUGCUGCGCGUCUCGGCGGAGAGGCGGUGUGGAGGGCGCGCUCGGAGCGGCCGGGGAGCUCACGAGCACCGGGGCUGAGCUCUGGCAAGUCCGGAGGAGUGGAGACCCGGGCGCCUCACGCUCCCGAGAGCCGAACCGGAGGGGUUUUUGCCGCCGGGGCACCCGAGGAGCAGCGGGGGUGCAGCCUGCAGCUCAGGCUUGGGGUUCUGGUGCGCCGCGCGAGGGACACGGCUCCGGUGGCGUCCCUGCCGGGUAGAGUUCCGCUCCGUGCCUUUGUCCAGGGCGAGGAAGGAGCCGGGAUGGCCUGGGCUCUGAAGCUGCCGCUGGCGGAUGAAGUGAUUGAGUCGGGGCUGGUGCAGGACUUUGAUGCUAGCCUGUCCGGCAUCGGCCAGGAACUGGGUGCUGGUGCUUAUAGCAUGAGUGAUGUCCUUGCGUUGCCCAUUUUUAAGCAAGAAGAGUCAAGUUUGCCUCUCGACAACGAGAAUGAAAUCCUGCCUUUUCAGUACGUGCUUUGCGCGGCCACCUCUCCAGCAGUGAAGCUCCACGAUGAAACCCUGACCUAUCUCAACCAAGGACAGUCUUAUGAAAUCCGAAUGUUAGACAAUAGGAAACUUGGAGAACUUCCAGAAAUCAAUGGCAAGUUGGUGAAGAGCAUAUUCCGGGUGGUGUUCCAUGACAGACGGCUGCAGUACACCGAGCACCAGCAACUGGAAGGCUGGAGGUGGAACCGGCCCGGAGACAGGAUUCUUGACAUAGAUAUCCCAAUGUCUGUGGGUAUAAUUGAUCCCAGGGCCAAUCCUACCCAGCUAAAUACAGUGGAGUUCCUGUGGGACCCAGCAAAGAGGACAUCUGUGUUUAUUCAGGUGCACUGCAUUAGCACGGAGUUCACCAUGAGGAAGCAUGGUGGAGAGAAGGGGGUGCCUUUCCGAGUGCAAAUUGAUACCUUCAAGGAGAAUGAGAACGGGGAGUACACUGAGCACUUGCACUCCGCAAGCUGCCAGAUCAAAGUCUUCAAGCCUAAAGGUGCCGACAGAAAACAAAAAACAGACAGAGAGAAAAUGGAGAAACGAACACCCCAUGAAAAAGAGAAAUACCAACCUUCCUAUGAGACAACCAUACUCACAGAGUGUUCCCCAUGGCCUGAGAUCACCUAUGUCAACAAUUCCCCAUCACCUGGCUUCAACAGUUCCCAUAGCAGUUUCUUUCUUGGGGAAGGAAAUGGCUCACCAAACCAUCAGCCAGAGCCACCCCCUCCAGUCACUGACAACCUCUUGCCAACAACCACGCCUCAGGAAGCCCAGCAGUGGUUGCAUCGAAACCGGUUUUCCACAUUCACAAGGCUCUUCACCAACUUCUCAGGGGCAGAUUUGCUGAAACUAACUAGAGACGAUGUGAUCCAAAUCUGUGGCCCCGCAGAUGGGAUCAGACUUUUCAAUGCAUUAAAAGGCCGGAUGGUGCGUCCAAGGCUAACCAUUUAUGUCUGUCAGGAAUCGUUGCAGUUGAGGGAGCAGCAGCAGCAGCAGCAGCCGCAGCCACCACCACAGCAGAAGCAAGAAGACGGAGAUUCAGAUGGUACUUUCUUCGUAUACCAUGCUAUCUAUCUAGAAGAACUGACAGCUGCUGAAUUAACAGAAAAAAUUGCUCAGCUUUUCAGUAUUUCUCCUCACCAGAUCAGCCAGAUUUACAAGCAAGGGCCAACAGGAAUCCAUGUGCUCAUCAGUGAUGAGAUGAUACAGAACUUCCAGGAAGAAGCCUGUUUUAUUCUGGACACAAUGAAAGCAGAAACCAGUGACAGCUAUCACGUCAUUCUGAAGUAGGAGGAGCGUUCCACGCUUGCUGGCUGCAGCUUCCCUCCUCUUGAUGGCUGCCCUUUGAAGGGGUCAUGACUGGAGACUGAAGGUCUUCUGGAACCUGGCUGUGUGAAUGUUGGAGGGGGCAUGCUGGGCGACCAGGCCCUGAAGUGGAAUCCCAGCCCCCUGUAUUGGCCCAAGCUGUGUGGCACCCUCAGAUCCUGCCAGACAUGGAGUUCAGCAGCAGUCUGCUUAGUGCUGGCCCCUGUUGGAGACCAGUGUGAACUCCCAUCAUUAGGAGUACAGAGGGCAGAGUGACAGUGGAGUGGUGGGACGUUAAUCCUGUGAUAGAGAGCUCUUGCCGUUGUCCUUUCUUUUGGUUUGUUUGGUUUUGGUUUUUUUCCAAUUCGUUUUGUUUUCUGAGACAGAGUUUCUCUGUGUAGCCCGGGUUGUCCUGGAACUUACUGUGUAGACCAGGCUGGCCUCGAACUCACAGAGAUCCACCUGCCUCUGCCACUGAGUGCUGGUGUGCAUCACCACCCCCUGCCAUUUUUCUAAUGUGAAAGUGAGCGUCUGUAUCCAUACGACGACGUCAUCGAUCUCGUUUGUCUCAAGCAUGUGGUCACCUCUGCUUUGUUCCCUUUUUUUUUUGACAACUUCUUCAGUGAGGAGAAAUAUAGAUUUUUUUUUUUGAGAUAGGGUUUUAUGUUCUUGCCUCUACCUCCCAAGUGCUGGGGUUAUAAGCAUUCGCCACCUUGCCUAUUUCUACAGGACUGGACUUGAACCCGGAACCUCACAUGUGCUAGGCAAGCACUCCUCCAACUGAGCUCCAGCAGGCCCUUCCCUUUUAUGUUAAGAUAGCGUCUCAGGAUCUUAUAUUUUGGUUAACCUGCAAUACCACAACUGAAUAUUUGGAUAAUAUUUAUUGGGGUAGGCAGAGUGAUAAAUUCUGUAGAUGGAGCUUCUUGUUUUCAUCCCCUUAAUAAAUCCAUAAUAACUAGGGGAGACAGUGACCCCCAGCUGAAGAUAAGGAGAUGCAGACACGGUGGUGGUGUAGCCUGCCUGAGGACAGGCAGCCAGCGGGCAGUGACACUGCUGGGCCCUUAUUCCUUGAUGUCUCAUACCACCAGAUGCCACUCAUCACUUUUCUGGGGCUGUGCUGGAAACGGAUGAACUAGCUACCGAAGGAGGGAACAUACCUAAGUAAUUGUAGAUGAAAUUCUAAAUGGUCGUAUUAAAUAAGAAACAGAGCCAAAUACAGAGUUAAAAGCCCAGAGAUCGAGCAGCAGCCAAGAGCUAAGACCACCUUAUCUUACCACUCGCUGCCCUCCUUCCCCUGAGAGAGAGACCUUCUUCCUGUGUCCUGUCUUUUUUUUUUUUUUUUUUUUUUUUGGUUUUUCGAGACAGGGUUUCUCUGUGUAGCUUUGCGCCUCUUCUGGAACUCACUUGGUAGCCCAGGCUGGCCUCGAACUCACAGAGAUCCGCCUGGCUCUGCCUCCCAAGUGCUGGGAUUAGAGGCGUGCGCCACCACCGCCGGCGAGUGUCCUGUCUUUUUAUUGCCUCUCUGUUCUGCCUUCUCAUUGGUUCUAAACCCAACCACAUGACUUCCUCAUCACUGCCUGUCUAUAUAGACCUCUAGGUCUCUAUGGUUGGUACUGGGAUUAACCAUGCUGGCUAUGUCCUUGAACACACAGAGACUUUGCCCGCCAUGUGACCGGAUUAAGGGCGUGUGCCACCACUGCCGGACUUCUGCUAAAUGGCUUGCUCUUAGCUCUGAUCCCCAGGCAACUUUAUUUGUUAACAUAGAAAUAAAAUCACAUUUCAGCACAAAUAAAAUAUCACCAUAAAUAAUGAUAAUUGAGACCUACAAACCAAACCAACACCCGCUCAGUGUCACCAUGAAGCUCAAACACAGUUGGAGGUGGAGAGCUGGAGUCUCUCACCGCUGGAGCUCAUUGCUCUUGUGUGAUGUUCUCACACUGUGAUAAGUGAGUUUCUCCAACCCCACCUUCCCCUCCCGUCUCAUUUUGGCAUAGUGUGUUUUUUAUACUUUUAAGCUUUACAAAAAAUACAUUCUUUUCCCGUUCAAACUCAUGCUGUGUCUAUGUUCUGCCUUCUAAAUGACUGUAUGUCUGUGUGCAUGUGCAGAAUUGUAAAGCAUUAUGGGUCUUCUUUUUUCACAUGUAAUGUUUGUGUUUUUGUUUUGUUUUGUUUGUUUUUGAGACAGGGUUUCUCUGUGUAGCCCUGGCUGUCCUGGAUCUGACUCUGUAGACCAGGCUGGCCUCAAAUUCAGAGAUCCACCUGGCUCUGCCUCCCAAGUGCUGGGAUUAAGGUGUGUGUCAUCACCACCUGACCACAUAUAAAGUUUUAUCUAGAAAUUUCCUCAGAUUUUGUUGAGAUGAACAAAGACAAUGUUAAAAGAUUCUGUAUUGGGUUUGAAUUUAUGUGUGUUUUUGAAGCAUUUGAUAAAGCUUACUUUUUUUUUAUAUAGACAGUUUUUUGUUGUUGUUCAUUAAAGUCAACCUGUAAUGUG